GAUACUAGACUUUGCUCUGUUCAAAUGACCAGCAAGGAAGCAGAGAAGCCUUUGAUCUUGGUAGGUUUCCCUCAUUCCAAAGCAGACUGCAGCGUGAAUGGUCCUGGAAAAGCAGGCACAGAGGCAUUAUGAAAAACCUUUGUUUCAGAGCCAUUGCCAUGGUUCUGGGUCUUUAUUUUACUGGAACAAUGACAAACCCAGCAAGGAAAAGCAGUAUUUUUUUCAAUUCUGAGUGCCAGUGGAAUGGAUACCGUCUGACAAAUUGUUCCUUUACUGGAAAGCAGGAUAUGCCUGUGGACAUAUCACAGACAGCAGCCACAGUGAAUGCAAGUUCCAUUUUAUUUAAGGGUCUCUUCCAACCUCCCACAAACGAAGGAAAACGGAACAUAAAACACUUGGACCUCAGUAACAACCUCAUGUUGGAAAUAACCUUAAGCCCCCUCGCACAUUUCCCUGGUUUGGAAACCUUAAACCUCAGCAACAAUGCCAUCCGCUCCAUCUCCCUGGAUCUACCCAGGCCUGGGUGCUCCUGGGGGAAACGCCACAGAAGCAGCUUGGGAAGUGGGCUCCCACACCUAAAACUGCUAGUUCUUCGGAGAAAUAAACUCAGUGACAUUCCCAAGGGGUUGUGGAAACUGAAGUCAUUACAGAGUUUGGAUCUAUCGUUCAAUGGAAUAUUGAAAAUUGGUGUGUUUGAUUUUCAUAACUGCCUGCAGUUGGAGAACCUCUAUUUAAGGAGCAACAAGAUAUUCAGAAUUUAUCCGGAAGCCUUCAAGGACCUCAAAAAGUUACAGGUUGUGGACCUCAGCAGCAAUGCCCUGACCACCAUCCUGCCCAUGAUGACCAUCGCUCUGGAACUCCCCCACCUGGAGGCUGACUUGGCCCACAACCAAUGGCAGUGUGAUGACAGUGUGACCGUCUUCCAAAAUGUCAUUUCUGAAUCCUGGAAGAGAAAGUGGGAAGUAAUUUGCAACAAGUCUAUAGGGCCCGAGGAGGCACACUGGUGGACACCCAGAAGCAGGAUUCCCAGGGAGGCCCAACUUCCUCACACGAAUCUGAGUCACACGAGAAGCCUCAUCGGGAGCAAAGCGGAGAGGCCCCAGGAAGGCAUGCACGUGGGUUCAGCCACGCAGGGGCAGCAGGACCACGCCGGCUCCGAGGCCCCUGAGCAGCACCGACGGCCGCCCAGGCGGGUGAGGAGCACCCAGGAUGGGCAAGCUGCGGGCGGGACGGAAGCCGCAUCCCAGCACCUCGCCCUGGCCGUCUGCUUGGCCGUGUUCAUCACCUUCUUCGUGGCCUUCUGCCUGGGGGCGUGGACGAGGCCUUACAUGGACAGGCUGUGGCAACAGCGGUGCAGAAAGAAAAGACUGAGCUCUGACCUCGGGUAUUCCAACGAGGGCUACUGCGAUGAGGCCGACUCUGCCGGGGACGGCCAGCACCCCGGGGGGGACCUGCACCAAGCUCCCCGUGGCCUGAGCCUCUGGGAGCCCCGACACCCUUUCUCAGGGACGCGGGCCAGCCCGCAGGCUGCUGUCACUGCCGGCAGUACUCGGGGCCCGAGCAGAGAGGAGCCUGGCGGCCGGCAGGGCAGCGGGCACCGCGGGGCCGAGCCUGGGGCAGGAAGGAAGAGGGACAACGUGCUCCCCAAUGGCCGUGCGGCCUGCUCUGCUCCCCGAGGCCGGUCCGAUGCUGACAGUCACCCCCUCACAGAACGGGACCGCGCCUGCAGGAGUGGGGUCCGUGGAGAAGUGGAUUCUGAGACGGAGGCCCAGGAAGGUGCGCCCCGUGGGCACUCGAUGGGCAUCCCUGGGAUUGCCGGCAGCUUAUCAACUGGCUCCGGCUCCAUCCAUCAGGACUCGAAUGCAUUAGGCCCCCCACUGUCAAGAGAGAUAACGGCCGCUCUCUCUAAAAUGCAAAUGUGCACAGAAGCGCCGGGGACGGGAGGGCGGGAGGACACACAGGACGAGCUGGACACCGAUUCCGAUGAAGGCUCGUUAUUCACUCUAAGCUCAGGGGGUUCGGAGGGUGUGAGAAACGGGAGUGACGGAGAGGCGGAUGGGGAGGAGAGUUCUGGCACCAGUGAGCCUCCGGAGGACGGGGACCCAGAGGGGAGGAAGGACACCGCCUCCCAGAAGGCUCAAGGGGAAUGUGAGAACCAGGAGGAUCGCUUUGGACAACCUCUCAUUUCCCAUUCAGACUCCAGUGUGGACAAGAGUCAUCGAGAAAGUACCUCCGACACCCACAAAUUCGAGAACCCGGAGAGCUGGCCCGGGUCACCGGGUGAGAGUGCUGCCCGUGACACGACCCCAGGCAUGUCCACGUCUGACUGCAUCCCCGCUCCUCAGUCUGAGGCAGCAGGGUGGCAUCGCUCGCUCAGAGACCUCGAGUUUUCCACCGUGGAAACACCCCCGUGUUCUGCUGAAGCUCCCCCGGACCCUGGUAAGACGGCCCGUGGUGAGAGAGAUGCAGACAUUGGUGCUUAUGAACCUUGCACUCCGGGAUCAGACACGGAUGAAAACAAUAGUCCCCCACAAUACGAUUCUGAAGGGGGCAGCACGCAUGCCAGCCCGAUGGGCACAGGCGCCCACAGGGGCCGUGACUCCAGGGAGGCGAUGAGCCCAACACAACUGUUACAGUUCCCUGGCGGCAAACCAGGUUCGCAGGGCCGGGAGCCGUGAUCACAAGCGCUUCCAAAUAAAACCGGUUUGUGAAGGACACAGGAGCCCUUCAGGGGUGCGGACUGGGGGACACGAUCAGAGGAGAAUCCGUUGCGACGAGGAAAAGAUGAUUCUGACUUCCGUACUCCGAUGCGGACCCACAGCAGCCUGAUGGGAGCGGGCUGUCCAGGUGAGGCCCGGCUCUCCGAUAACAAAGAUGCGGAUGAUCACCUUGAAAGUCCAAGGCAAUGCCAGGAGCAUUCUUAGGACAGACUGGAGCGCUCAGGUGGGACGGCUGACCGGACUUUAACGAAUUCUGCACAAAGAACAGCACAGCUUUCAGGAGGGAUUCGGAGAAUUUCCAAACAUUUUUAAUAAGCUGUGUUAACAGUUGGGUCGUUUAGCCAUGGCGGGUAUGGCUCGGUUGGCUGGUGGCUGUCUUGUGCAAAGGAAGGUCGCCUGGACUCCAGACUGGGUUAGCUUUCCCCGUUGCAAACCCUCUCGGCACACAAGCACUCUCCUUCACAGAGGAGAGCUUUCACGGGUAAAAUCAAUAAAUAACCACGUGUGUGAGUUUUUGUUAAAUUCUGUCCCCUUUUUAUACGCUAAGCACCGUGAGGACAAAACAAAAAGGGCCUUGUCACCCCAGAGCCCUCACCACAUAGCUCGUCGUUUUUGUCUGUGGGCUGUCUUCCCCGGAGCCCUUGUCUGUCAAGUCCCAUGCGUGCGUGCCCUCAACCGAGCGGGCCUCCUACCCGGGGCGGUGACCGGGUGGCCUCUGACCAGGCUCUUCAUAGGACUUAAUAUUGACUCCAGAUCAACUCCUACAUCAGUUUCACAGCUUGUGGAAAAGGUCUGAGAGAGUGAGGUCCCCGCAGAGAUCGCUGCUGUAAAGUGGGCCUUUGCCAGAGAAGGGGGAGGGACACAGAAAGGAAAGGACCAACCAGGGAGACAGUGCAAGGUUAGGACCCACCGUGCUGAUUGGCGAGCC